AUGUUUCGUCGCCAUUGUGUAGUUGUCGAGUGGAUGUCUCAACAUUCUGAAUUUGAGUGGAUAUUAUUUAUUGAUGGGGAUAUGGCUGUUGUUAAUCCAAAUCAUUCUUUAUUUGAAUAUAUUAAUGGAGAACAAAUUAUCUUUUAUGAUAGAAUAUUCAAUAAUGAAAUAAUGGCAGGCAGUUAUUUAGUGAAAAACACAAUUUAUGGUCGAAAUUUUCUUAAUACUUGGGCCAAUUAUUUUUACAAAUUACCAAAAAGUUUUCACGGAACGGACAAUGGAGCUAUACAUGGACUUUUUAUGGAAAAAUUUUCUUCACAAGAAGACAGAAAUAAAUGUCAACAUUUGUGGGAAAUUUCGAAAAAUUUUGGGGAUCUAAACACAUUCACAGUGUGUGUUCGUCAUUUUCUUGAAAAACAAAUGGUUAAUCGAACUUUUGAUGAAGGGAAGGUUAAAGUUUUCCCUAAAGCUGCAGGAUGGGCAAGGGAUGGCGGACAUACUGGCACAAAAUUUUCAACAAAAGAUUUUAUUUUUCAUGGAUGGAAAGCCUCUAGCCUGCACAGAAACGGAGAAUUAAAUCCUUGGAAAUAUCCAUUUAAAGCCGAACAAAAUUUUUAUGACGACAAGUUUUAUUGUAACGAAUCAGAAUGGGGAUAUAAUGAAGAUUUUGUUGAACAAGAAGAUAAAAUAGAUGAAACAUUAAAAAGAAUUAUUAAUGGAAUUAAAGUAGAAUAUGAUAAAACUGUACAAAACUUAAAACUAACAUAA